AUGGUUGACAUGAAUUCCGACGAAACUAUUCAGUCUGAUAAUAUAUCCGAUCCGCUACAGCAUCUUUGUUUUCCCCAAUACAUCGGUUCUCUUUCAACAAAUGACUAUAAACAACUACAGAAUGUUGAGCAAAUAUGGUUCGACAAGAGUUUAGUUAAUCGCUCGAAAAGUAAGCAACUGUCGGGGAUGGCCACUGAUAUGAAUACAUUUACGAAGCAUGAACAAUGUAUUAACUUCAUAAACGUUAACCGAAAUACGAAAAUUCAUCUGAUUGUUUCUGGUUGCGAUCAAGAAAACCUUUUAUCGAGUGUUCAUGAUCUCCAACAGAUAAAAUUUAUAUUUAUUCUUUGUGAUGACAACUGUCGUCACCAGCAGUUGACUUCGAAAUGGCCGAAAAUCAUUGGUAUCUAUACAAAAGUAUCUUCCUUGAACAAUGCUCUAAGAGAUGCAGCCCGCCUGUAUGAGCGAAAUUCCACAUCGAUUAGUUUCAUAAUGCCAAAUAGCCAAUUGAAUCAAUUAGAUCCAACGUUUAUGUAUACACAGAUUUUUAAAGAAAUAUUGUUGAACAUACAAUUCGAACGAAAGCAUAUAAAAGCCUUUUGGGCAUAUUCUCGUCGCAUGUUUUGCAAAGCUCCUCAGAAUUUGAGUGUCGUUCACGAACUACAGCAAUCCUAUCAUAAAAAAUCACCGAUUUGGUGGUAUACGUAUGAUUCUUUUCUCUACUCAAUGCUCAAUCAUUCACUACGAUUGAUGGACGGCGACAUGAUCAUUCGUAUGGGCUUUUUCAUCAAUGACCUUCAUCACCAGAUCGACCAAUUGCACAGAAGUCAACUACCUGUUUCUAAAUUCAUAGUCUACCGUGGACAAGGUUUGUCCAAGAUUGAUUUAAGUACCAUGCAGCAAAGCAAAGGUGGAUUGAUAUCAUUCAACAGCUUCUUGUCAACAAGUAAAACUCGUCGAUUAGCUGUAGAAUUUGCACAAGGAGCCAUUACCGAUCCUGAAUUAGUAGGAAUCAUUUUCAUUAUGCGAGUUGAUCCGACUCAAUCAAAAAUACCUUUUGCUUCUGUGGAGGAUGUGGGCUGCUUUCCUGCUGAAAACGAAGUUUUAUUCUCUAUGCACACUAUCUUUCUUGUUGAUGACAUUAACCCAAUGGAUGGAAAUGAUCGAAUUCACGAAGUUAAUUUAACAUUGACAAAUAGUGAUGAUAACGAUUUAAAUGUUUUAACUGAUCAGAUUCGACAGGAAACGGAUCCACAAGCGAACGAAUGGUAUAGGUUAGGUUUAUUGUUACUUAGACUAGGCCAACUGAAUAGAAUUGAAAAGUUUUUCGAAACAGCACGAACUCGUAGUCAUCCAGGUUUGAUUUAUUAUCAACUUGGACGAGUUAAAGAUGCUCGAGAAGAAUAUCAGAAAGCGAUUCGCUUGCACAAGAAAGCAAUAAAGAUUUUUCAAAAGAAUUCUUCUAUCCACGAACGCCAUUUGGCCAAUGCAUAUAAUGAACUCAGUAAAACUUACUGUAGUAUGAAUCUCUAUUCCAAGGCACUUUUAUUCGCUCAAAGAGCUUUACAGAUUCGACAAAAGUCCCGUGUUCUCAAUCAUGCUGAUCUCGCCAUGUCUUACAAUAGUAUUGGUAAUAUUUAUUAUACUCAACGUAUUUACGAUCAAGCACUCCUGUCGUAUGUAAAAGCGCUCAAGAUUUAUCAACAAUCACAAGUCUAUAAUCAUCCUGAUCUCGCCUUGAUGCACAUGAGCAUUGGGAACAGCUAUUAUAGCUUGCAUUCUUAUGAGGAAGCACUCGUCUCUCAUACAGAAGCUCUUAAGAUCAGACAAAAAUCACUUCCUCCGAAGCAUCGUGAUAUAGCUGCUUCGUACAAUAAUAUUGGGUUAGUCUAUGAAGCUAUGAAAGAUUAUUACAAUGCACGGAUAUCCUAUGAGAUGGCUGUUGAUAUUGGACAACAAGCGCUACCACCCGAUCAUCAAAAUCUUCGAAUAUGUAGAAAGAAUCUUGAACACAUCAAACAGGCAGAUCAUGCAUUUAUUUAA